AUAAAUCUAUUUGUAAGCAUAUUGAAUAAUCGAUUAAUAGUAUCCAUAAAACCUUGUUUAAAAUGUAAUAUACACGUGUACUUUUCUUAAUUCUUAAUUUAUAUAAAAAUAAAAAACAAAUAAUACAGAAAUUGCAAUGGAUAAUAUAAAUAUGAGUAAAAGUAUUCCACAAGUACAAAUAAAAUUUCUUACUAAACAAAAACAAUAUGCAGUUCCAGAUUUUCCUUUAUCAGUUCAUACAUCUAUUGUAUCAAAUGAAUUAAAUACUCUUAUAAAUGAACUUUUGAAGGAAUCAAAUAAUAUAAAAAAUGAAAUAGAAUUUGAUUUUUUGAUAUGUUCACAAUUUUUACGUACUUCAUUGAUUGAACAUAUAACAGAAAAAAAUAUUUCUACAGAAGAUGUAAUAAUUAUUGAAUAUGUUGAAAAAUAUCCACCACCUGAACCUCAAGAUUGUCUUAUACAUGAUGAUUGGGUAUCUGCUAUUGCUGUUUGUGAGAAAUGGAUUCUAACAGGUUGUUAUGAUAAUACAUUACAUAUAUGGACAUAUAAAGGAAAACAUCAUUUGGUAAUUCCUGGACAUACUUCACCAAUUAAAGCAGUUGCAUGGAUAUCCUUGACUAGUGAUACAGCUAGUUUUGUUAGUGCAUCCCAAGAUCAAACAGCUAUAAUAUGGGACUGGAAUAUUAUAGAAAAUUCAGUAGACUGUAUUCAUGUAUGCAGAGGACAUGAACGUGGACUAGAAGCUGUUAAUAUUAAUUAUGACAAGACAAUAAUGGCAACUGGAGCAUGGGAUACAAUGCUUAAAAUCUGGUCUACAGCUAAUCAAGAUGAAAAUGAAGAUGGUGAAUCUACUUCAAAGAGAUUAAAAUCAGAACAUGGAAAAACAAGGAUACCUAAAAGAACAAUGAAAGGUCACAAAGAAGCUAUUAGUGGUGUAGUAUGGUCAGAUAAAAUAGAAAUUAUAACAUCUUCAUGGGAUCACACAAUAAAAAUAUGGGAUUCAGAAUUAGGAGGAAUUAAACACGAAUUGACUGGAAAUAAAAGUUUCUUUGAUCUUGAUUAUUCUCCAUUAAGCCACACUAUUAUAACAGCAUCAGCCGAUAGGCAUAUCAGAUUAUAUGAUCCAAGAUCUACAGAAGGAUCUUUGGUAAAAGCAAUAUUUACUUCUCACACACAAUGGGUACAAUCUGUAAGAUGGUCACCUAUACAUGAAAAUCUUUUUAUUUCAGGAGCAUAUGAUAAUGAUAUGAAACUGUGGGACACCAGAAGUCCCAAAGCACCAUUGUUUGAUCUUUCUGGACAUGAAGAUAAAGUAUUAUGUUGUAAUUGGUCAAAUCCUAAAUUCAUGGUAUCUGGAGGUGCAGACAACACCGUAAGAAUAUUUAAAUCGAAACAUAUUGGUCAUUAAUAACAAAUUAUUUUAUAACUUUUACAUAUAAUAGAGAAAUGAAAUUUUCUGUAUAGCAAAUUAUUAAAGAUAAGUUUUUUUUACAAUUUUCAUAUUUAUUAUACUCUAAAUCAAGCAUUGUAAUCAUUUAAAUUAAAUAGAAAAUUUAAUGUUUUACUGUUGUGAAACAUUGAAUUAUAAAAUUAUUGUAUUCAUUGUAAAAUAAUGAGAAAAAUUAAAAAUUUUAAUUGCAAUAAUAUAAUUUGAAAUAAAUUAUAUAAAUGCAAAUUAAGAUGAUAAAGAAAUUACAAAUAUUUUCGUAUAAAUAAAUAUAUCUAUAAAAUUAAAGAGACAAAAAGAAUAUUGUAUGACCUAAGAAAAAGCUCUUGGCAUCAAAUCAAAUUCGUAUUGUUUUUAUUUCAAUAAGUUUUUUUAUGUCGUGUUGCUUUUUUUAAUGUUAUCCUUGUAUUUUACAUUAUUAUAAAACCAUCACUUAAUUGACAAAAGAGAUCUAGUAAUCAUUCUUAUACAUUGCCAUCACUUCGAUUUAAAUUUUUUUCUUUUUUUAUUUUUUUAAAGAAUUUUGAAUUAUCUUCAUUGCGCAUAAAUUAAGAGCAUUUACUCAAAAUAGUACAAAUCGCAUCAGCGUAAGAUAUUAAAUGCAUUAAAAAAAAAUAUUUUUCAUUACCAAAAAUCGAACAUAGCAUAUUAAUUCUUUAUAAUCUUAUUACUUCGCAGAAAACAAUUUUAUCAUCGAUUAAUAGAGGCGGACGCUGAAUGUUUUAUUACAGAAUUAAUUAGGAUAAUGUGGGGGGCUUAUUGUUUUAAUAUUACUUACAAAGGAGUGUUGUUUAAUCUAUUGCACAUGCUGUAUUACUACAAAUUAAUAAAUAUAAUUUCACUAACUAAAAUUUAAUUGAAAAGAACAUAGCAUUUGUUUUUUUUUAAUCUUUUCUACUUUUUUUGUUUCUUUUAAUUUGUUAAGCUCACUCUUUCAGUUCUGGAAAAUAUCAAAAAACGGUCUCACGAUUUUAUCAUUUUCAACAUUGAAAAAGGCAUAUACAAUAGUUGUUACUUGAUUCGAUAGAAGGCAUAUAUUUUUUUAGUGUUGGAAUAUGUGUAAAUACAGUCACUGCUUUUGUACGAGAGUAAGUUUAUUUUACAGACUUUACAUUUCGUUUAUUCGUUCGCAAAAAUGAUCGUUCACGCUUUAACAAAGGAAAAAAAACGAAAAUUAAUGUGUAUAUUUCUAUUAAAAAUUUAAUGAAAGAGAAGUAUAAUGAAAAAAGGAUAGAAGAAAAAUAAUAUUUAUAAAAUUUGGGGAUUCACUCUUUAUUGAAGACUAUUCACAAUUGUCCUGGUAUUAAAGAAAACUUAGGAAAGGAAAAGAAAAUGAUUCGAAUAAAUCCCCAAAACAGAUCGUUUAUUGAUCAAAAAUAAGGGAUGAUAAUAAUUAAGAAUUUGAUUCUUUCACUUUGAAUAUACCAAACCAUACUUGUAAGUAACUCUAAAAACUGUUCGGUGCACGCUCUACAUACAAAGUGUAAGAAGUGUGUGACGUUUAGAGCGUGCACACGCAGUGUGCAGUUUACAGUAACAGUGUAUUUCUGCAGUCUGUGUCGUGUCAUAGGCAGAUGGUUUUUUUUAAAGUACGCAUUAUAAAUUAUGCAUACAACCUACACACCACACACUCGUUUCGCACUUUCUCUCUCUCUCUCUCUCUCUCUCGCUCUCUCGCUCUCUCGCACAUCUCACGUUUUUUUCUUUUGUGUUUGCUACUUAUAUCUCACGUUCUCUCUCGCGUUCUCUGUCUUUCUACCUUUUUGUUUUCUGCUUACAUUUUUUCGUUUUUCUCUUCUUUUUUUCGUGUUUUUUUUUCUUUUUUAGAAGACCCUAUCUAUAACCCCCACAUUAUCUCACACAAAGACUAGCGUUUUUAAACGAUCCAAAAUAAACUAAGGGCACUUUUAGUGGCGUAUGCCCUGUGUUCUUAUUUGAGUUUCAUGAAAAAUCUAAUUCUGACCGUUGUUAAACUUUGUUGUUGUUGUUGUUACUUCUUUUUUAUCAUCAUUUGUAUUACAGCACCUAUCGACUUCUAAGAGUCCCUAUUUCUUAACUAACUAUGACACACUUGCCUUAAUCUAAGAAUUUUAUUACGUGCUAUGCCUCGCCAUCUUAAAAGUAUCCGAGAACCUAAUGUGUUCAUUUUUUAUUUUUUUUUAUUUUUUCCCUUCCCUUCUUAACUCUUGUUUAGAUGCGAACUUAAUGCCUCAACAUUAUUUUGUUUUUUUUCUUUCUCUCCCUCUAUAUCCUUUUUGUUUCCUCUUUUUUUCCUGAAAUUUACGAAAUUUUUAUUUUCAUUAUAUUCUUAUUGGUCGCACACCGUAUAACAAUUAUAUUUUGGAGAGAAGAAAUAAACAAAAUUAAACAGAUGUUUUUUUUUUCUAAUUACAUAUGUUAUUUACUCAUUCUAUCUUGUCACAAAAAGGAAUUCAUGUGCAACAAAGAAUAAAACGAUAGGAGUUAAAAUAAAAACGAGGAGUGGAAAGGAUAUAGUAAAUAAAUCAAAACAAAUAUCAGGAGAAUCGAAGUUAAAAAAAAAAAUAGAGCACAGGGAUAAAUGGAAAAAUGUUCGUCUCGUUAUAGCUAAAAAAACUAUCUCGCUUAACAAUUGUAAAACAAUGACUUAAAACCUCGAUAAAUCUAAGGACUGUACAAGUCGAAGUACGAUGACGCACAUCACAUUAUCAGGGCAUCAUCAAAAUUAACUCAGACUCGCUGUUCUUAUUUUUUUUUUCGCUUAAGCCGACGUUCGACUAAUAUUACAUUAUUUUUUUUUUUUGUUUCGUUACUUAAAAACACCCUACUUUUUUUCCUUUUUAUUCUCAUCUUUCUACAUCAGCCUACGACUACUAGUUGUGAAUCUAAUCUAAAAAGAGGCUACGCUAAAAAUUCUAGAGAAAGCUUACGGAAAGCAGCGUUGUUUGGAAACUUAUGUUCCAAAAAGAAAUUGGUUUUCUUUUCAUAAAUCACGCCCGGCCAGCCCAAGCACCCGACCCGCGGUGCGCAGCAAGCAGUCCUUACUAUUUAUAUUACAGUAGAUAAUAUGUUGUAGAAUAAUAUAUAUUUAUUAUUAAUAUGAAUAGCCAGUCAGUCUUGACGGGUGCGAGGUGCAUAGGCUGAACGGUGCCUCACCUGAUGCAUUUUCUUUCUUUCUUUUUUUUUUUUUUUUUUUUUUUUUUUUUUAUACUUUUUUCAACAAGGAGAGGCAGUUGUAUAUAUAACCUAACUAUCAACUAUCUAUUUAAACUUAAUUACUUAUCGAUUACUUCCUAUCCAAAAUGGUACCUAACCUAUAUUCAUAAUCAACACUAACUACACAUCUCGCAGUGUCCUCUUUUUCUCAUAUAUUCUAUACAAUAGGUUAUGAUACAUUCAUUCUUGUUUUUUUCUCACUUUCACUCAUUUUACUUUCUCUCUCAUCUCACGUUCUGCUUUUUUUCUCUCAUCACUCAACUUUUUUUUUUUCUUUUCACACAUAUUUUCUUUUUAUCCUUCGUUCACACACUUUCAUUUAUCCUUUCAAGUUUCUUUCACUCUGCCUCUUACAUUCAUGACUUUCUUCACUCUCUUUUUCUUCUUUCUGCCCGCUCUCCAGUGCGGCUCCGUAUCUGCGGGAGCUGGCAUUUUUUUGUCGGCCGAACCAUCGUUCUUCCGCUCGGUCAGCACUAUAAAAAUGCUGCUCUUCUUUGUUUUGGUCGUCACAAUAAUAAUUAGUUAUUUAGUACAAGUCUAUUAGUAAAAUUCUUCAAAAUUCACUAUUUAAUCACAUGUGAUUUUUGUUGUCAGUCGUGGUGACAAUCGCUUGUGCAAACAAUUACACACUCGCAAAUAGGUUUUCCCUUUCGCUUUUCUUUCUUUCGUUCUCUCGCUCUCUUAUUCUUUUUUUCUCUCUUAAUGCAUGGACUCAAAUCGAGUAAUAAUCGGUCUCUUAAAAAAUAGCUCAUACCAUUUUUUUCAUCUUUUAUCUCUUGUCAUCAAAUCGUGAUGUACCAAAAUAAACUAAAUAUAUUAUUUACUUCAAGUCUCAACAGUGUAAAAAUCUUUCAUACUUUAGAUGACGUCAAUAAUAGUAAUCAUUAAUUAUAAUAAUACAGCAUAUUAUUGUAAUAUUAUAAUAAUAGCUACGAUCGCCUCUAACUCUAUCUAACUACCUGCCCGCCACUUCGAGCCCAAAGCUCGCAAUAUUUGGUAGAAAGCUUUCUGCUAAUCGUUCCUCGACUCGAUCUAAGUCAGACAACGUGAAAACUGUACCGGAUGUAAAAACGGGCUUAGAGGAACGUAGGAGAGAAGGGUGUUUUUUCUUUUUCUAAUCUUUCUCUCUCUCUUUCUCGAGAUAUCACAUAGAUAGAAAAUUCUCGAUUUAUAUCUUUAUUUCGUUUCUUUUUGUUUCCUCGCGUUCAAUCCUCUCGCCUAUCGUUCAGCUCCAAUCCCAUUAUCUUUUUCGUUUUCAUUUGUAACACGAUUUUAUUCGUUCGUUCGAUAUAAUAAAUUAAUUUAUACUCUACCUAUCAUAUUCCGUUGUAACAAGCCUACUCUGUUUCUUUCUCUUAUUUUCUUUCAGGCGGUGGAAAUUAUUCUUGGUUUACAAUGAUCCGCCAUUUGAUUUCAUUUUUUUUUCUUCCUAGAUUUCAUAUAGACCGUACAGAUGUUUCCGGCCCAUCAAUCCCAUUAGUGGCAACUAUACACAUACAAAAUCUAUUCGAAUUUGUAACCAAAAACAAACGUAGUGAUAUUUAACUGGCUACAACGUAAAAACAAUUAUAUUCUCUUAACUAGAAGAUCAAAAUUUGGCUCAAGUUUCGCAUUUACAUAUCGACGUAAAAAUAUAUUAUAAUAUUUUUCAGCAUAUCCCUGUCUAGCGGAUUUGUCUGAAAAGGCACAAUUCUAAAAAAAAUAUCUGUAUUCACUGUACAAUUAAAACUGAUAUCGAUUCGUAGUAACUGUACUCAUAAAUAUAAAUCUUCUAAAAA